AUGCUGAGGUUUGCCGUGAUUUCCGUGCUGUUGGUGGCUGGACUUGCCGUUGCAGAGCCACCGCAAGGAUACUCUUAUUCUAGACCACAUCAUGGUGGUGGCGGUGGUGCCGGAUUGGGUGGCGGUGCCGGAAUUGGUGGUGGAGUCAGCGGUGGCCAACUUAUCAUUCUUGCCACUGGCGGCGGUGGCUCCAGCGGCGGUGCAGGACUCGGUGGAGGACUAGGUGGAGGAUCCGGUGGUGGACUCGGUGGUGGCAUUGGCGGUGGUAUUGGUGGAGGAGUCGGUGGCGGACUCGGAGGUGGUGUCGGUGGAGGAUCCAGCGUUGGUUCUGGACAACUCAUCAUUCUUGCCACUGGCGGCGGUGGUGGUGGAGGUGGUUCCGGCGCUGGAUUGGGUGGUGGAGUCGGCGGAGGAUUUGGUGGCGGAAGCGGUGGCGGACUUGGCGGUGGAUUCGGUGGUGGAAUUGGAGGAGGAAUUGGAGGCGGUUCCAGUGGAGGAGCAAGCCUUGGAUCGGGUCAGAUCAUUCUUCUUACCAGCGGAGGAUCUAGCUCUGGUGGCGGAAUCGGUGGUGGAGUCGGCGGAGGAGUUGGUGGUGGACUCGGUGGUGGUAUUGGAGGUGGUAUUGGUGGCGGACUUGGCGGUGGCAUCGGAGGAGGAGUAGGUGGUGGAUCUGGUGCUGGAAUUGGAGGAGGACAGGUUAUCAUUCUUACCACCGGUGGCGGUAGCUCUGGUGGAUCUGUUGGAGGUGGUUCGAUUGGCGGAGGUUCAAUCGGUGGACUCGCCCCACCAUCUACAAAAUAUGGUGUUCCCGGAUAUUACUAA